AUGCUCAACAUACCGUACCCUCCCAGAAUGUUGGCGCUCGCCGGUCCGGGCCAGCGUCCCUCGAUGCCUCUCCCUCCCGAUGCCGUCUCCCUCGACUGUUCAUCUCUCCUUUCAUCUCGCCGUGUCUGCGUCCCAGCCCUUGUCGACAAAGAUGUUGAUCACCAAGAACCGAUCAAAAAACCACGUCGUCGUCGCCAUUCCAAAUCUUUUGGAAAAUUCCUACAAUCCGUCGUCAGCCGAGUGGUAUCUGACCGCCGGAAAAGUGUCAUUAUUGUUGAGGAUACGCAACAACCCACUACUACUCCCCAUAUCAUCACCCAGGCCACGUCCAAUACUGCAAUUGCUGGAAAUGUCCCCGGUCGCCUACAAUUCGGGCAAAAUCACGUCGGGCAGAAGAGCACCGGCCCCACCGCCAGCCCAGCCAUCCAGCCGGCAAGGAAUGAGCCGCAGAAGCGGGAGGGUGCUGCACAGCCGUUACCUAAUGGAAAGCCGGCAAAUGAUCCGAUGACCAGCUCGAUUUAUGAGCCGGCCGACUCGAAGGUGUUGACGCCGCGCGGCCUGCGGAAACAGCAGCAACAACAACCGGGUGCCGCUCGAGUCCCGGUCCCGAAGUUCCACUUCCCGCAGGGGAAGCCCGUGUCCCAGCACGAGAAUGAUGUCGCGAUGCGGAAGGCGCUGGACGUGUUCAGGAAGUUGCCCGGGCAGAAGGCGUCCGUCAACGAGUUCGAGACGGUAAUAAAAGCCGUCGGUCUGCCCCUUUAUUGGAAGCGCCCCAUCUACGACGCCAUCACCAACAAGAAGAACGUUGAUGUCACCCAAACCGAGUUCUGCAUCUGGUGGCGCAACAUGACCUCCGUGGCCAACGACGAGGCCGCCCGGUUCAUCUACGCCCUCUCCGGCGGCAAGAAGGACUACCUGGAACGCGAAGACUUCCAGAGCCUCUGCUACGACGUCAUCUACACGCAUCCGGGGCUCGCGUUCUACCACUCUGCCACCGAGUUCCACCCCUCGUAUGUUGAUGUGGUGACCACCCGCAUCUUCUGGAGCGCAAAUCGAUCGUGGACAGGGCGGAUAACGGCUCAGGAGUUGCGAAAGAACGACUUGCUGGCUCAGCUCCGAUUUUUGGAAAAGGAGGACGACAUCAACAAGGAGACCAAGUACUUCUCAUAUGAACACUUCUACGUCAUCUACUGUAAAUUCUGGGAGCUCGACGACGAUCAUGACAUGCUCAUCUCCAAGCGCGACAUGUUAGCCCAUGAUGAAGGAGCCCUCACCCCACUUGUCGUCAACCGGAUGUUCUCAAAAGCUGUGGUACGAGGCUCCCGCAACGAGCACCUGGUCGAAUUUAUUGGACUGCCCGAAUUCGCCGCUUUCCUGAUGGCUGAUGAGGACAAGAAGAACCCGACGAGUGUCGAGUACUGGUUCCGCAUCUGUGACCUGGACGGUGACGGCCUAGUGACGCUGUAUGAGAUGGAGGAGAUGUACGGCCAAGUCCGAGACAAGCUCACCCUCAACAAAAUUGACACCAUGCAGUUUGGGGAUGUCGCUUGCAAUCUGCUCGACAUGAUCCGACCGAAGAACCCGAACGGCUUCACCCUGUCCGACCUCAAGAAGUGCCCGCUAACCUAUCGCUUUUUCAACAGUUUCACGAAUUGGCGAAAGUUCUUCAGCCAGGAGAUCAAUGAGGGCGAGAAACCUGUCGUCCGAAACGAUGAGGGCCGCGAGUUGACCGAGUGGGAGCGGUACUGCGCCGAGGAAUACGAGAGCCUUAUGGAAGCGGAGGGGGAUGAUCAGAUUGAUGAGACACACAGCGUCAACCUCGACGAAGAAGACGCGCGGAACAGCUUCAAGGAUCUUUUA